AUGGAGUCUGUCUUUACUCUUUUGCACGUGGUAAUGGCCAUUAUUAAUUUUUCCAGAGCAAAUGGGACUGCUUGUAGCCUACAAGGAGAGCCUGCAAACCCACAGAUAUGGAAAGACGGUGAUAUAAUUGUUGGAGGGGCUUUCCCUUUUCAUAGUAGUUGGGAGACCAUUGACUUAUCCUAUGUGUUCAAGCCACCUCCAAUGAAGUGCACGAGCCUUGAUUUGAGAGCACUCCAGCUUUCCCAGACCUUGAUAUUUGCAGUAGAGGAGAUAAAUAACAGUUCUUCUUUACUGCCAGGUGUCUCUCUGGGAUACAAGAUCUAUGAUACAUGUAGUUUUGCUGCACAGGGGAUAAGAAUGGCUAUGGCACUUAUAAAUGGAAAUGAGAACUCAAUUUCAAAUGAACCCUGUACAAAGCCAGCACAGGUCCAAGCUAUAAUAGGUGAAACAUACUCAUCAGUGUCUAUGGCUAUUGCGAACAGUAUUGGACCAUUCAGUGUUCCUAUUAUCAGUCAUUAUGCCACUUGUGAGUGUCUCAGUGACAAAAGGAAAUAUCCCUCAUUUUUGCGCACUAUUCCCAGUGAUUAUUACCAGAGCAGAGCAUUAGCAGAGCUGGUCAAGCACUUUGGCUGGACCUGGGUGGGAGCAAUAAGAAGAGAUGAUGAUUAUGGUAACAAUGGUAUGGCUGCAUUUACGGAAAUUGCAGAGAAGUUAGGCAUCUGCUUAGAAUAUUCCCUUCCAUAUUUUAGAACGUACUCAAAAGAAAGAGUGUUGAGAAUCAUUGACCAGAUAAAAAUCUCAACUUCUCGUGUGAUUGUUGGAUUCCUUGACACCUGGGAUUUGGAGGAUCUCUUGCAUGUAUUUUUUGAACACAAUAUCACUGGAUAUCAGUGGGUGGGAACAGAGGCCUGGAUCUUUGACCCAGAGCUAGCCAGUUUGGACAAGCACAAUAUACUGCAAGGAGCUAUAGGACUAGCAAUCCCCAAAGCAAAGGUGACAGGUCUGCAGGAUUUCAUUCUUGAUGUAAAACCACUGAAAACUGUAGGUAGUGCAAUUUUUCCUGAAUUCUGGAAGGCUUUGUUUGACUGUGAAUACACAAUGCAGAAUGAUUCAAGGGGCUUGCCAGUGUGCACAGGAGAAGAGAAGCUGUCUGAAGUUACAAACACAUUCACUGAUAUGUCACUUAUGCCCAUUUUUAGUAAUGUGUAUAAAGGAGUUUAUGCUAUUGGCCAUACGCUACACAACCUUCUUGGCUGCAAUGAAACAUGUCCUACAAAGGAACAGCCUGGUCCUGUCACAUUUUUAAAACACCUCAGAAAUGUAUAUUUCAAAACCAAAGAAGGAGAAGAUGUUUAUUUUGAUAAAAAUGGUGACCCUCCUGCAAAAUAUGAGAUAAUAAACUGGCAAACCAAUGACAAAAAUCAGUAUGAAUUUAGAACUGUUGGACUCUAUGACCACACAUUAUCAAGUCAUGAACAAUUAGCAAUAAACCUGACCUCUAUCGUGUGGGCACAAAAUGCCCUUCAGGUACCUGUAUCUGUAUGUAGUGCAAACUGCCCUCCUGGUACAAGGAAGGCUGUGCAGAAGGGAAAGCCUAUAUGUUGCUUUGAUUGCAUACCAUGUGCCGAUGGGGAGAUCAGUAAAAUGACAGAUUCGACUGAAUGUGAACAAUGCUCCCAAGAUUACUGGUCAAAUUCACAGAAAGAUGAAUGUGUAAAGAAGGAAGUUGAAUAUUUGUCUUAUGAAGAAACGAUGGGAAUUUUGCUAACAGCUGUUUCUAUUAUUGGUGCUUUUAUAACGAUGGUAAUAUCAGUAAUAUUCUUUAGACAUAAAAAUACCCCAAUAGUCAAAGCCAACAACUCUGAGCUGAGCUUCCUGCUGCUCUUCUCUCUGACUCUGUGUUUCCUCUGUUCACUUACUUUCAUUGGUCAGCCCUCUCAGUGGUCCUGUAUGCUGCGUCACACAGCGUUUGGGAUCACCUUCGUCCUCUGCAUCUCCUGUGUUCUGGGAAAAACAGUAGUGGUGUUAAUGGCCUUCAGGGCUACACUUCCAGGAAGUAAUGCCAUGAAAUGGUUUGGGCCUCCACAACAGAGACUCAGUGUACUCACCUUCACUUUCAUACAGAUUCUUAUUUGUGUGCUUUGGAUAUCAAUAUCCCCUCCUUUCCCCUUUAAAAAUCUAAAGACCUACAAAGAAAAAAUAAUUCUAGAAUGUAAUCUGGGUUCUAUCAUAGGUUUCUGGGCCGUUCUUGGUUAUAUAGGAUUUUUGGCUCUUUUGUGUUUUAUCUUGGCUUUUCUGGCCCGGAAGCUGCCUGACAAUUUCAAUGAAGCCAAAUUCAUCACAUUCAGCAUGCUGAUAUUCUGUGCAGUUUGGAUCACAUUUAUUCCUGCUUAUGUCAGCUCUCCAGGAAAAUUCACUGUAGCUGUAGAGAUAUUUGCCAUUUUAGCAUCAAGCUUUGGGUUACUGUUUUGUAUAUUUCUUCCAAAGUGUUAUAUCAUCAUAAUGAAACCAGAAAAGAAUACCAAAAAGCAAAUGAUGAGUAAAGCACCUGUGAACUUACUAGGCCUGCACAAUCCUCCUCAACUCACCAAAGAUGGGGAUGUAAUGAUUGGUGGUAUCUUUUCUGUUCACAUCAAAUGGGACCAGAUAACACAUGUCUUUACAUCUGGGCCCCAGCAACCAGACUGCAUAAGUUUGAGCCUCCGUGAAUUUCAAAGUGCACAAACAAUGGUAUUUGCUAUUGAAGAAAUCAACAACAGAACUGAUAUACUUCCUGGAGUCAAAUUGGGUUACAGAAUCUAUGAUUCCUGUGGGUCAAUAGAAAUGACCACAAGAGCCUCCUUAUCCUUAGUUAAUGGAAAUGGGAAAAAUAUAUCUGUAAAUACUUGCUCCAAACCUGAUACAGUGCAAGCAAUAAUAGGACAAACAUCCUCCAGCCCGUCUAUUGCCAUUUCUGCUACUGUGGGACCUUUGCACAUACCUGUGGUCAGUCACUUUGCAACAUGUGCAUGCUUAAGUGACAAAAAGAAAUAUCCAUCUUUCUUCAGAACUGUUUCUAGUGAUUAUUACCAGAGCAGAGCUUUAGCUAAGCUGGUCAGGCAUUUUGGAUGGACAUGGGUAGGGGCUGUAUGCAGUGAUAAUGACUAUGGAAACAAUGGCUUAAACGAAUUCAUUAUUGCAGCCAAAGAAGAGGGAAUCUGUGUUGAGUAUUCGAAGCCAUUCUUUAGGACAGAUCCCAGAGAAAAAAUUCUGAAACUAGUUGAGAUUAUCAAGGCUUCAACCUCCAAAGUUAUAGUAGCUUUUGUCUCAUAUUCUGACGUUGGAGUUCUUUUUAAGGAAAUGGCCUUACAAAACAUGACUGGGUUUCAGUGGAUUGGAAGUGAGUCCUGGAUCUCUGAUAUGAACACAGCCAAUGCUGAAUGGCAACAUAUUCUGAAAGGAUCAAUGGGUUUUGCUAUCCCAAAAGCUGAAAUCAACGGCCUACGAGAAUUCCUGACCAAUCUUAAUCCAGGUUCUGGUGUGGCUCUUUACCAGGAGGUGUGGGAAACAAUAUUUGAUUGCAAAUUUUCCACACAAAACAAUGUUGAUAUGAAACAGAUGUGCAAAGGCAAUGAAAAUCUUAAUCAGGUCCAAAAUCAUUACACAGAUGUUUCAGAGCUACGAAUUGCAAAUAAUGUAUAUAAAGCAGUGUAUGCUGUGGCUUAUGCCCUGCAUAGCAGAUAUAGCUGUUCUAAGAGGAACAGUGAAAAAGAGGGUCCUGUUGCAUGUGCAAAUAUAACAGAUAAUAAACCAUGGCAGGUACUCAAUGAGUUAAAGAAACUCCAUUUCACCUCUACAACUGGAGAAGAUGUAUAUUUUGAUGAGAAUGGAGACCCAGCAGCGAGGUAUGAACUGCUGAACUGGCAACUGGGAAAAGACAGUAAAAUAGUGUUUGUUAAAGUCGGCUUCUAUGAUGCCUCUCUGAAUGCUGACCUUCAACUGUCAUUUAAUAAUAUCAGUAUAGUCUGGGCCCAUAACAAACCUCAGGUGCCAGUCUCUGUGUGUAGUCCAAGUUGUCGCCCAGGCACCCGUAAGGCUGUACAGAAAGGAAGGCCAAUCUGCUGCUUUGACUGUAUACCAUGUGCAGAAGGAGAAUUUAGUAAUAUAACAGAUUCUAUAUCUUGCAUCAAGUGCCCUCCUGAACUGUGGUCUAAUGGCAUGAAAGAUACCUGUGUCUUGAAGUUGGUGGAAUUCCUGUCAUUUGAGGAGUUAAUGGGAAUCAUUCUUGUAUCAUUUUCUUUGUUAGGAGCUUUGUUCACAAUCUGUAUUGCUGUAAUUUUUUUUAAACACAAGGAUACACCAAUUGUUAGAGCAAAUAAUUCUGAGCUGAGCUUUUUGCUGCUCUUUUCUCUGACUCUGUGUUUCCUAUGUUCACUUACAUUCAUUGGUCAGCCCUCUGAGUGGUCCUGUAUGCUGCGUCACACAGUGUUUGGGAUCACCUUUGUCCUCUGUAUCUCCUGUGUUCUGGGGAAAACUGUAGUGGUGUUAAUGGCCUUCAGGGCUACACUUCCAGGCAGUAAUAUCAUGAAAUGGUUUGGGCCUCUACAGCAGAGACUCAGUGUACUUGCCUUCACUCUUGUACAGGUCAUUAUUUGUGUACUUUGGUUAACAAUAUAUCCUCCUUUUCCCUACAAAAAUAUGAACUACUACAAGGAAAAGGUUAUAUUAGAAUGUCAUGUAGGCUCAGUUAUAGGUUUCUGGGCUGUUCUGGGUUAUAUAGGAUUUUUGGCACUUUUAUGUUUUAUCUUGGCUUUUCUGGCCCGGAAGUUGCCUGACAAUUUCAAUGAAGCCAAAUUCAUCACAUUCAGCAUGCUUAUAUUCUGUGCAGUUUGGAUCACAUUUAUUCCUGCUUAUGUCAGCUCUCCUGGAAAAUUUACUGUAGCUGUAGAGAUAUUUGCUAUUUUAGCAUCAAGCUUUGGCUUAUUAUUCUGCAUAUUUGUUCCAAAGUGCUAUAUAAUCGUAAUGAAACCAGAAAAAAACACUAAAAAGCAAAUGAUGGGGAAAACACCUACUCGGUAA